AUGAUGAGAGUAUUUAAAAAUAAUAUCAAUGUUAAUGAAGUAACUGUUCAGGAAUAUAUAUCUAUUUUCAUAAAGACUGCAGUUGAUUACAUUCAAGCAUUUAUAAACAAUUCAGUACAGUUAUAUGUAGAAGCUAAUCUUUAUAGAUUUAAAGGGUAUAGUCCUGUGGACUAUUUAAAAAAAAAUGAAGAUUUUGCAGUGCUAGUCAAUGAGGUCAAAUUGAAAGAUUUAACUAAGGAAAUAGCCCAAAACAUUAUACAAUUGCAUAGUGCAUUAGAGACUGGUUCUCCAAAAAACCCCAAAGUUGAAAUCUCUCGCCAAUACAAUUGUAAUUUUGAAGAGGAGAUGCAGAGUGAAAAAAAUAUAAUUUCUUGUAUUAUUCGUAUACUAGAAAGUCAAGAUAAUAUGAGG